AUGUCUGGACGCGGCAAGGGCGGCAAGGGCCUCGGCAAGGGCGGCGCCAAGCGCCACCGCAAGGUGCUGCGCGACAACAUCCAGGGCAUCACCAAGCCCGCCAUCCGCCGCCUGGCCCGCCGUGGCGGCGUCAAGCGCAUCAGCGGCCUGAUCUACGAGGAGACCCGGGGCGUGCUCAAGGUGUUCCUUGAGAACGUGGUGCGCGACUCGGUGACCUACACCGAGCACGCCCGCCGCAAGACCGUCACCGCCUUUGACGUGGUGUACGCGCUCAAGCGCCAGGGCCGCACCCUGUACGGCUUCGGCGCGUAA